AUGGCUCUGCACUGGCCAGCCGCCGACGCCGUGCCCCCAGGCUGCGAGCAAGCCCUGCAGCCCCGAUUCCAGCCUGGUUUCACUUCCAUCUCUCUGACGCCCACAGACUUCGCUUCUCGGGGGUGGGGUGACUGCAGGACAUCUCUGUUACCUGGCACCCUUGGCAUCGUGGCCGGGCCCUGCACCCCAGGUGGGCACCACAGGCUGGUCUCUCGCUGCUGGAACCAACCGGGUGUGAGUACAGAAUCUGCCAGGGCAUCUCCCUGUCCUGAGAGAGUCUGGAGCCCUCAGAGACCCGGCUGCCGCCCCAGGGAUUCACCAUCCCAGGGUUUGUUACCAGCCCAGGAUGUGUCACAUGCUGCCCAUCUGGCUCGUCCCCUUGGCUGCUUCCUGCUGCAAGGGUCAGAAGUCCGAGUGCACCAGCCACCGGAGGUGAGGGCCUCACCGGGGGGCUCCGUGCUCCUGAACUGCAGCUUCUUUGCCACCCCAAAGGCCUCCAAGCUGGCGGUGACCUGGGUGCAGAGCACACCCGGUGGCAGUGGGGAGGUGCAGAUCUACCAGCCACCCAGCCAGGUCACCGAGCUGCGCAACCGCGUUGCCCUGGACUCAGGGCGCUUUCGGCACCAGCGGGACGUGUCCCUGCACCUGGUCAACCUCACCCAGCAUGAUGCCAGGCUCUACCGCUGCUUCAUCUGGACCUCAGCCACCAGCAGCCACGCUGGGAACGGGACCGAACUCAGCGUCCUGGGGGAGGGACUAGGAUCCGGGGUGCAGCACUGGGCAGCCUGUGGUCCCCUGGGAGUCCUGGCGCCCAUCCUGCUGGUCCUGCAUGCCAUGGUGUGCUGGGAGUGCCAGGGCUUGCGCCACCGUCGGAGGUCCAUGAGGUUUGGUGCCCAGAGACGAGAUGUGGCUGGGGACCCGGGCUCACGGCCAACCCUUGGGCUGGCAGGGAAGGACGGAGCCCCCCGAUCCCUCUGAUGGCUAGUUGGCUGCAGGGCGCCAUCACCUCCGCUCCAGGGUCCUCUUGUCCCCAGAGUCCCCUCCCUUGCUCCUGCGCAGAGUCGGCUGGGGGACAGCAGCAGCUGGGGAGGGAACCCUCAGGGAGCCCCCCUGGCAACCUGCGCCCUGGAAAGGAGAGGUGCCCGAUGUGAAGCGGCUGUGAGAAGAGGGUCCCAGGACGUGCGGAGGCUCUUUGGGAACCCAGGGGGCCCAGCAGCUCCCGCUCCCCCAGGAGGGCACCAUCUGGGCUAUAUUGAGUAGAUGGUGCACAGGAUACAUGUGGGCGAUGCCAUCCCCACCACAGAGACACAGCCCCACUGCAUGGUGCAGGGCCUGCAACCAGCAACUCUCGUCCCCACAAGCCACAGCCCCAGAGCGCAGCCUGGCCUCCCCACGUGGUCUGCACCCUGCAGCUGAGCCUGUCUCUGCUGGGGGAAGUGAAACAGGAGCCACUGCUCGCAGGGCCGGGAACAACCCCAGGCUGCUCUGACCAGGCCCAGCUCAGGGCUGAAAUAGCAGCGAGGGGCACUGCUGAGGUCUGCUCUGCCUCUGCGGCUGGGGGACACAGCACGCCCCGGCUGCAGCUCCAGCGCUACGGGACGGACUGGGGGUCUUUGCACCCUGUGCAGGCCUGGAUUUCCAGUUAGGCACCUGCCUGGGGCACUGGCAGAAGUUGCCAAGUAUGUGCUUUGCUAGCCCAGCGGGGCUGUAUUAUUUUGCUGCCCCGUUGCCACUGGCCACACUGCUCAGGACUUCUCGGGAGGGAGGGAGCCUCUGGGUCAGCCCCACCCCCUGUGCUGACACCCACACGCCACUCGUCCCACCUCGCGCCCCCUCCCCACAGCAUGCACACGGUUCUUGUCCGAGGGAGGCAGAAAAUAUGCUGCAGUUCUGCCUUUUGCCCACCAGAGGCGCUGCUGAGGCGCCAGAGCAGCCCGGACUGGCUGGUGUGGGGGGUUGGUUUCUCUGCCUGUAAUUGUGAGGAUUUCCCCUUGUUAUCUUGUGAGAGCCUUACUCUUUGGCAGGAGCACUGUGUGUGCCUCAGUUUCCCUCUGCUGCACAAUGUCCAAGUGGUGAGAAUAAGCCUGUGACUUUUGCGGGGGCUUCUCCAGCUGCCUGCACCGAUGCUGUGGCCUCCCCUUCGUGACCUGAGACCAGGAGGGGGAUGCCACCAGGGGACUCUGGCCUGGAAAGUGAGACAAAGGCUGGAGGAGGAGCAAUGGGCCGGGCCGGGGCCAGGCAGCUGGAAGCGAGUCAGUCCCAACUGUUUUGGGGCUCAGGGGGAGGAUGAGAGUCCUGGCCCUGGGCUCCCCUCCCCCCAAGUUGGACUUGGCUGAAAGUCCCUGAUUUCUGUGCUAACGAGCUCUGCCUUACGCUGCAUUCCUGUCGCCUAAUAAACCGGCUGUUUUACCGGCUGGCUCAGGGUCACAUCUGACUGCGGAGUUGGGGUGCAGGACCCUUUGGCUGCCCCAGAAGCCACGCCCAGGUGCACUCGCUGCGGGAAGCGAACAGUGUGGAAUAGGGUGACCAGAUCAGAGGAAGAAAAUAUUGGGACACGUGGGGAAGGGGUGUCUGCCAGCAGAGAAAAAAAAAAGCAGAGUGCUGCCAGCGGAGGGGGGGAAACGAAAACCAAACGGAGUACCGCGAAAUAUCAGGACAAAUUGCAUCCCAAUCAAUGCGGGACAAACGCGUCAAUAUCGGGAUGUCUGGUCACCCUAGUGUGGAAGGGGAGGCUGAAUGCUCCAGCUCAGACCCAGGAAGGUCAAAGCUGUGUGAGCUGCUUAAGUCUACUCAGAGGGAGGAGGCAUGCUCUGUGUAGCGGGAUUUGGCUGGGGUUUGGCUGGGGCUCGUGUGACGUUAUUGAUAUAAUCUGAGACCAUAUAGAACAUGGUUGCAACCAAGGUCCU